AUGCGUGGUUUAACUGUUGAUGUUCAACUUCAGGACGCAGAGUCCCGCAUGUCAUGUCUGCUGGCCAAUUUCUAUAGUACCGUGGACGGAGUGAACACGGAGAGCAUCAUUCACGAGGAUCCGAAGAGUGUAGUCGGAUAUCUGGUUAAUGCCUUACGUCCAACGGCCUUUCAUUCUGCCAUCCAAGACAGUCUGGAGCGCCCUGCUGGUAAGCCAUUGAAGAAGGAUGUAUCCAUGUUCCUUCGGUGGUUACGCCCUCAAAUGGAGGAGUUUAUGAAGUACGAGACACACAUUCUCGCAGCCCAGCAUGGAGUCAGUAACGCUGUUUCGCAGCAGCCGCAAAAGAUGAAACCCAGUCGUCGACACGGAGGCAAACCGGAUCAGCAGCGCACCGACGGACGGCAUCAAAGUCCUGGGGCGUCGGCAGAUUCGACGAGAACUACUGGCGUAAGAACUAAAAACAAUGCACCAAGUAGUACCUUAGCACGCGACCAGGGUGUGUGUAACGGGGUUACACGGGUCUACACCUGGUGUGUUCCACACAUGGGUACGGAGUACCCGAAGAGUUAA